CCGGUUGCCAUGCCGACGGAGAGGCACUCUGAGCCGAGCGGGCUCCGGCGUGGAGGUGUCUGCGAGGCCUCCGCGCGAGCCAGGGAGCCAGGGAGGCGCGUUUCCCCGCCGAAAGGUCGCCCUUCAGAGGGAAAGGAAGGUUCACAUUACACAGACAGAUCGUAAAGUAAUGUAAGGGAGCCCCCCCCCGGCUCAGGAGGCGGGCCUUCCAGCGGAAGUCCCCCGGGUGCCAUGGCAACCCCCUCGGUGGGCGUGGCCCGCGUGCUCCCCAGCGGAAAGGUCUACCGGCAAGUCUUCGACGAUGAGGUCAGCCUGGUGCGCUCCUUGGGGGUGUCCCGGAGCAAGCGUGCGCAGGGGAAGGUGGUCCCCCCACCCUCUGGAGCCAUCCCUGUGGUGCACGACCCUGAAGUGUGUUCUGGCCAUGGCUUCCUUUCCCAGCGGCAGCGGGACUGGGUCGAGGGCAUGCCCAACGACGACCACGUCGAGAACCCUGUCCUCUGCAGGGAAGCCGCUGCCUUGGCCUUCCUAAGGAACCAAGAAGGCGAGAAUGUGGUGGCGGCCAGAGAAGUCCGGGGCCUGGCCGAAAUCGUGAUUCCGGAGAAGAAGCACAGCGACAUCCUGGAGCGCCUGUCGGAGAGCAGGAAGCGCCGCUAUGAGGGAGGCCUGGCUGCCCUGAGGCAGGACAUGGUGCAAGUGGGGAAGAAAAUGGAGCGCUGCCUCGUGGAGCCCGGGAAGCAGUUCCUGGCCAACCUCUCGGCCUCCGACCAAAGCAUCGAGCGGCUCUUCCAAAGGCUGGCUGACGAUGCCGGCCUCCAGGCCUACACCAUACAGGUGAAGGGGCCCCCAGAGGGGAGCCAGCCCAGCCCCUUCUUCCUCUGCCACAUAGUCAAAGCCCUCCUGACAGACGGCUAUCCAGCAUUUGUUAAAACCUCCAGAGAAGGGGACUCCAUUGGAAGGGACCCCCAGAGGGCAUCCAGUCCAGCCUCUCCCUUUCUGCCAUUAUGCAGGAAACACACAGACUUUGAGGAGAUCUGGGACCUCGCCUUGCGGGAGACCCUGCAGAGGCGGCAGUGGCUGCGGGACCUGGAGGAGGCCUUGCGCAGCGCGGAGCGGGAUCGUGCCCAGCAGAUCAAGCUCCUGUUGGCCAAAUACACCCAGAUCUUGGAGGACGUGGCUUACCUCUUGAAGGCUGAUGUCCAUCGCUUCAUCCACAAGGAGGCCAUGAUGAUCAACCAGGCGCUGCUGGCCAACCGGAGGGCCAUUGCCCAGCUGGUGCUCAACCUGGCCGAGGCCGACCUGAAGAGGGAGGUGGUGCAGCACCGACGCAUGGAGGAGCGCAGGCGCACCUGGAAAGCCCUGCAGAAGGAGGCCGUCGUGGCCGCGUUCAGGGAGUUCAUGGGAAGCGAGAGGAUCCAGAAUCCGGCUGCGGUGGAAAUGGAGCUGCAGCAGAUGAGGAAGGACCAGUUGGCGCUCACGGAGGAGAGGAAGGCCCUGCUGUGGUCCCUGAGCGAUUUACUGCCUCUGUCUCCUUCCAAGGCCAAGGUGAAUGAAUGGUACGAGUCCCUCGUCGCUUUGAACAAGCGCAUUGAUACACACAACGUCCAAUUCAUGAUGAGGAUCCGCAUCCAGUACGAGAAGGUCUGCCAAGAGUGUCUCUCCAAAGUGCAGGAGGCCAAGCAAAAGCUGCUGAGGAUGAAGGUCUGCACUGAAGAGGAGGCCGAGAAGGUCGUGAACCCAGAUUUCUUCCAAUUGGUGGGGAGGCUCCAGAGCCGCUUCGAGGCCGAAGUGGAGAAGAUGGACAGCGACCUGGAGCGGCUGGCCAAGCACACGGAGGUGAACUGCCGGCACCUGAGCCAGUUCUUCCAGGAGGCGCUGAUCCUGCGCGAUACCCACCGGCACCGCCUCCUCCGCCUGGAAGAAGAACUCCACGCCCGGCUCAAUGAGGGGCGCCUCAAGCACGAGAGCCUCAACAAGUUGAGGGAGGUCCACCUGGAUGUCUCUGUGGACAAGCUGCGUGUGCAAAGCUCGGACGAGAAGCUCAAGGCCCAGCUGGAUAAGGUCUACGCUGCCCUGGACUUCAUCCGGGCUGGGUACGUGGUCUUCCACCAGGACCUGACUGCCCGUGCCUCGGCCCACCCGGAGCAGGUCCUGCGCGAACUGUGCUCCUACAGUGCCGCCCUCAGCCGAUACUUCCACGUCCGUGACAUCUUCCGGGGGAAACCAUUAAGAAGACGAGUGUCCAGAGCUGAAGAGGAAGCAGAAUUAGCUGAAAAUGCAGAAGGAGGAGGAGGAAGAGGAGAUGACGAAGGAGGAGGAGAAAAGGAGGCAAAAGCAGAGCCUGGAAGUGGAGAGGAGAAGAAGCAGGAGAAGGAGGAGAAAGAUGGAGGAGAAGAGGUGGCACACAGCAGCGCAAAGGAGGAGGAGGAGGAGGAGGAAGAGGAAACAGAAGAGGAAGCAGAAGCAGAGAGUGAGGGCUUUCCGGGGGAGAGGCCCCUCGAGUCUGGGAACGUCCAGGAAGAAGGCGGCGUGGCAGCCGAGGCAAUGCCUUUCCUUUCUCCAAACCCCUCGUCCUCCCUGCAGGUGCCUCCACCUCCGCCCCCACCAUCGGAAGGCUCUGAGCUGGAAGAAGAAGGGGAAGGGGAGGAGGAAGAGGAGGAAGAGGAGGGGUCCUCCUUCUUCACGUCCUCCGGAAACACCUACCGUGUAAACACUCGCCUGCGGAAGUCCCAGAUCCGGAAACCGGAGAAGUACUUUGCUGGGAAGCUGAAGGGCCAGCCUUUGGCUGCCUACCUGGAGCAGGCCUUCCUCUCUGAGGCCUUCGUGGCCGAGCUCAGGAGGAGGGUCCGCCUGGCGUUCUUUGAGAAUCUGGAGGCUUGGUUUGCAGAGCGUUCUUCGCAGGCAGAGGCCGUGACAUCAGCCAAGAAGGAGGAGCUGCAGUCGGAGCUCCAGCUGCGCCUCCACCUGCAUGAGCCCCGCCGGGGCCGCAUUGAGAUGGAUGUCUUCCGCCUCCGGUCUGCGGAGCUGCGGCUGCACAGUGAACGGUUGGUGCGCCACUGCGCGGGGGUGGUGGGGGCUCUGCACAAGGAGCGCGGGGCCUUCCUGCGCCUGCGGGAAGAGCAGAACCAGCUGAGCCGGACCUUCAGACUCCGCAUUCAGGACAUGGAGAACAUCUUCCUCACCGAGAGCCGGGCUGAGAGGCUCGUUACCCUCAGCAACAACCUGCACGUGGAGCUGCUGAACCACGUAGAAGUCAUGCAGCUCUCCCUGCGCAGCUACCGGCACUACCUGGAGGAGGCCCUCGGGAAGCUGCGCGAGGCCAACACUGAAUUCCUACGCAGCUGCAGGCUGUUUGCCGAUGGAGGGAACUUCUCCCCUGAGGAGCUGGAGGCCUUCAUGAAGCGGCUGCAGAAGGAGAGCAGCAGGAUCGACUUUGUGGAAGGACUCAUCAUGAUCGACAUGGAGAAGAUGGAGUCCAGCUACCUGGAGCAGGCAACGGAGGUGAUCAGCAAAUUUGAGAACCGCUUCCGCUUCCUGACCAUGGACCGUGUCUUCAUGGACAAGAUCCAGCGCUUCCUGACCAGCCUCCAAGUGAAAAUCAAGUCAGAGGUGGCCAAGUCCAACUUGCAGACGCAGACCCUCAACGCCCUCCUGGAGAAGCUGCUCCUGCGCAUCGACGCCUGCCUCCACCCCAACGUCGACAAGGAGACGGUGACUCCAGAGGGUCUCUAUGACUUUGCCAAGUCUGUGAUGGAGGAGCUGAAGCAGCGGAGCAAGUUCCUUAACUGCCUGCUGCAGCCGCCGUCCGUGGAGCCACCCCCUUCCUGGCGGGGGAGGGGCUCGCUUAGCGUGUCACUGUACUCGGUGGAGGAUCGUGCUGCGGAGGGGGCGCCCCCGAUGGUGAUGGGUGUGGAGCGCACGGCCCUGAUGCUGCCCAGCCGCAUGGGGCGCCCCGCCUUCGAGGACCCCGCCCUCCCCCUCAUCAAGAACCUUGCUGGGUGGGUAGGGAAGGCCUGCCUGGCCCUAGCAUCGUUGGAUAGAGAUACAUAUAGGGGAUUGGAUGGCCCCUCCCGGAUCCCCCCUCCCCACCUUCCUCCCUCUUUCUCUCUCCUUGCAGGGUCUUCUCCGCCCGGGGCCCGGGGCGCCUGCUCCAACAGCUUGCAGCCCAGCCCCCCCCAUGGCCCCCCACACCUGCCCAACAAGUCCAGCUCCAUGGGGAGGAGGGUCUCCAGGAGCACAAGUUCCAUCCAGAAGUACAUCAAGGUCACGAAGGCUGACCGGAAGCUGCAGAUCUUUGGGGACAAGCCCAAGGAGAACGACAAUGAGCAUUUCAAAGGGAUCAUCUUCACCAUCUUGUGGGAGAACUUUGACACACUAAUGAUGCUGGCGGAUGACUUCUACAAAAAGGAGAAGCACCAGAUCACUCGGCCGGAGUACCUGCAGGACACUUUUGAGCAGUGCAUCGAGGUCCUGGGACAGAAGCUCCUCCGGUACCAGCAGCAGACCGACGAGUUCCACGUGGCCAGCAUCUCCGAGUUCCGUGAACAGCUGCGCCGCUUUGAGGAGUGCCUGCCCAGCGUGGCCCGCCUGCUCCUGGGCCGCCUCCUCCGGGACCACGAGCAGCAGCUCUCCGAGGCCACCGAGCAGCUCCGGAGGCAGCUCCAGGCACAGCUGCAGAAGUGGGACGCUGCCAAGUCCUUCUUGUACCUCCCUCCCUCUUCCUCUUUCCUUCCUCUCUCCCUCCCUUCCUUCCUGUCCUCUUUUUCCUCCCUCCCUCCGCCUUUCUUCUUUCCUYCUUCCUUCCUUCUUGUUCCUCCCUCUUCCUUCCUUCCUCACUUCCUCCCACCUUCACCUCCUCCUUCUCUCGUUCCUUCUCCCUCCUCCCCCUCCCCCCUUCUUUCUCCCUUCCUUCCUUCUUGUAUUUUCCUCCCUCUUCCUUUCUCCUUCCUUACUCUCCCUCCCUUCUUCCUAUCCUUUUUCCUCCCUCCCUCCUCCUUUCUUCUUCCUUCCUUCUUGUCCCUCCCUCCCCCCUUCCUUCCUCCUUCCUUCCUCUCAUUUCCUCCCACCUUCACCUCCUCACUUCUUCCUCUUCUUCCUUCCCUCUUCUCUCCUCCCUCCCUGUCUCCUUCCCUCCUUCCUUCUUUGUCCCUUUCUCACUUCCUUCCUUCCUUCCUUCUUGUACAUCUCUCCCUCUUCCUUUAUCCUUUAUUUCUUUCUCUUCCUCCCUCCCUUCUUCCUUCCUGUCCAUUUUUUUCUCCAUCCCUCCCCUUCCAGGACCAGACCAAGGCCAAGCUGUGUCCGACGCUGGGCCACCCGCACAACCUCCCGCAGUUGGAGGCCUUGUCACAGGAGGAGGCCGAGCGCCAGCAGAACGAGGCCCAGAGCAUCCUCCUUUGCACCCAGCAGCUGGAGGCAUGUGUCAUUGACUGUGCGAAGAGCUUCGUGCAGGGCUUGUCUUCCUGCACUGAGAAGAUCCUGGUGGAGCUGGACCAGUGCCUGACCAUGGACGACGUGGAGCUGGGCAAAGUGGAGGUCCUGCGGGAGAAGACCAGCACGCUCCUGCGCCGCAAGAAGGCCGGCCUGUCCUUGGAGGCCGAGGGAGGGCGCCUGGUGGCCGAGCGCGCAGGCAGAACGUGGCCAGGACUCCCCAGGACCACCCUGGCGGGGCUGCCCAACCAGAUCCUCUGGCGCGAGACGGCCCCCGUCACCACUGCCAAGACCACCCUGGGACACGUGGCCGCCCUGGAGGAGAGGGACGCCGUCUACGCGAGGUUCAAGCAGGUGCUGGAGGCGGAGUUUGCGCGGAUCCAGGCCGAGAGCACGGCCCACCAGCUGAAGGCCCAGCACUGGGCCGGGUGGUGGCGCAAGUCGGUGCAGAAGAUCAAGCAGCUCUACGCCUGAUGCCACGCUGUGCACAGAGGCGGUUUUGUAUGGAUUUGGGAAAGAAAUAUAUUUGUUGGAGGAACAA